UCUUUUUCAAAAAAUCCAACGAAUCACCCGCCAUCUUUGUCCUUCAGAGUCCCCGAGUCUCUCCCUGUCUACUGGAGGAUUUAAUGAGGCGCAUAUUGAACACUGAACACACUCACUGCCUUUGAAAAGAGACUAGUUUCUCCUAUACCCUCUCAUUGAUGCUGCUCCAUUCUCAUGUCAGGAGGAACCCGUAAGGAUGGCCCUGGGGGGAAUUCCAGUGGAAAAUCCCGUUACCAGAACCCCAGAGGGGGCUAUGGGGGAGGAGGGACGGGAGGACUGACAAGAGGUAAAAAUUCUCACUGCAUGCCAGCUCCUGUACAGCUGGAGAGUAUGAAACGAUCGGCUGUGGAUGAAUAUGAUAGCCUGACACCUCAGGGAGGAGGGGGAGGGGCAGGAGGAGGGUGGAGUAAGGAAGGAAAGGACGAAGAGGAGAAAGGAACAAAAUUAGAAAAGAGAGAAGAAGGUUGGAAGAAGCCUGAGGUGCCCCCUACUCUUGCUCAUGGUUUCCAAGACGAGUUUCCUUCUCUCACUGAACAAGAGAAACUAUCAGCGAAAGAGAAAGAAGAACUUGGAAAACGUCAUCACCAAGAAGCCCCGCCCUCUCACGAUUCAAAGUCUCAUUUUCCGAGACACGAUACCUUGCCUCGUUCCAGUGGCUCCGCCCAUUCUGCCCAGCCCCACCACACCCACCACCACUACCAGUCCUCGUCACUACCUCAUGCUCAUCGAGAGAACAGAUCAAGACCGAGCAACUAUGAACGAUCUUAUAGACAACAACCAAGAGGUCCUAAACAACAGAGACACUUACCUUAUCCUCCUCCUCCUCAGUCUCGUUCACAGUCUUCCAAUGAUCCUUACAACAUGUCUUACUUCUGUGAUAUGCCUCCUCCAGGUCACAGUUCCCUAUCAACAGCCGCCAGCACUGGUCACAGUGCCACACACGAUGAGAGGAGAAGGAAACAGCCAGGUGGAGGAGGAGGAGAUCCAUCAUCCUCAGGCCACGCCUCCUCAAUAACCCGUCCUAUUGACCUACCUGAUGAUGACGAAGAUGAAGGAUGGGCGGGGCACCACGAAGACAUCGACUACAGUAAAGAGGUCGUGUUUGAGGACUCGUCAGACGAAGAGUUUGACCAAAAAAGACGAAGCAAGAAAGAAGAUGAUGACUAUGGCCGUAAAGGAGGUGUGUCUCCACCCACACACUCAACGAGAGGUGACAUGUACUCAACUGAGGAUCGCUAUCAUUCACACUCUUAUCACCAUGGUAACAGCCACCCCCAGCAGAGAGGAGGUUAUAGAGAAGGUUACGAAAGGGAAGGCCAUGUCUCUAAGCCACACCCACUGAUAUUAAAGAAAGAUCGAGCAUCCCCGAUUCAGUCAGAUAUGGGUGGAGUCAUUGGUGAGACCCCACCUACUCCAGACACUCCGCCUAUCACUCGUAACGCUCCAAAGAAGAUAUUAAUACGGGACCUAGCCGAAGAGACCGAUCCCAGCCACGCCCCUCAGACUGAUCCUAACAGAUCAUCUGACCAAUCAGAAUCACGUGUUAAAAUGGCCUGGGGUCAAGUCCCUACCUCACAGCCGUUGAGUCUAGCGGGCGGAGCUGGAGAGAGAAAAGAGGAGGGAGGACGUAGAAAUGAGGAGACUAGUAGGGGCAGUGAUGAGAGAGAAGAGAGACGACCAUCAUUUGAAGAAGACGAUAAUAAAGUUUAUGAUAUAAAGGACAGAGGACCAAUAGCAUCUGAUAAGGUCCUGUACGAGCCAGAGGGAAAGACGAGCGAAGAAAAGUUCCGGAAAUAUCAUCGAAUGUCAAGUGGUGACAGCACCGGACCCCCUCGAGGAGGAAAGGGAGGGAAGAACGAGAAACAGCUAGCGAUACGAUCAGUUCCUUCACCUGAUGACGUGUUUAUUGAAGACACUGGUUCAGGCCAUAAGGGAAACAAGGGGAGGAAGGGAAAGAGGUUUCAAAAUGAUUCUCCUGUACCACCACAACAACACACGCCCUCACCGACUUAUGGAAAAGAAGAGAAAAGAAAAGAACAGAAGAAAGGAGACCCUGAUUAUAACAGGAAAGGAGAUUCUGAUUAUAGCAGGAAAGGAGAUUCUGAUUAUAGCAGGAAAGGAGAUCCUGAUUAUAACAGGAGAGAAGGAAGAGAGAGGGUUGAUGAGAGGAGAGACAGGAAGGACUGGGGAAAGAAACAGGAGAGACGACAGAGCGACGACAAGGAUGAGCCGAGGAAAGCGGGUGGGGGAGGUGGGAGGGGCAAAGGAUACGAUAACAGAGGAAGGGAUGAGUAUAGAGGAGGGAGAGAAGAAGAAAGAUGGAGGAGUGGAAAUAAUAAUAAUAAGAGCAACUGGGAGAGAGAUCAGACUGAUGCACCAAGGAGGAGUAGUAACAGGCCUGAUUCUCAUUCCUCGAAACAGGAACAGAGAUAUCAGAAUGAACAUAAGCCAGAGCGUAGGACUGAGAAGCAGUCGGACGAGAGAAGGCGUGGCUCUCAGGGCGAGAGCCAAAAACCAGCAAGUCCAGUUUUACCUCAUGAGCGAAGGACUCAGACCCAAAAACCACAAUCUGAACGUAGGCAGCAACUAAAGGAUCGGGACUCUGCCCACUUGAAGCCAGAAGGAAAAACCGAACAAUUUGAGACUGAGAAUAGACCACGUCACCAAGAUGAUCGAAUAUCACACCCACAUGACGAGCAAAAAAGAACACGCCCACAAGAUGAUAGACGACCACGCCCACAGGAUGAACAAAGACCACACCCACAAGAUAGUCGUAGAAACCGCCCACAAGAUGAACGUAGAUCACACUCGCAAACUCAGCUAGAAGACGAGUAUAAAGGUAAUAAAAGAUCACAGCAGCAGAAGCAUCAGAGGGAACAGAGGUAUACUGAGGGUGCGCAAAGAUAUCCUGAAGAUGCACAAAGAUAUACUGAGAGUGCACAGAGAUAUACUGAGGAUGUACGGUACAGGGAUAAGAAGCCAAAGCAAACUGGAAGACCGUCUCCUACUGAACAUGAACAGCCUUGGGAUACUCUCAGUAAAUCUCAGGAUACUACGUCUAGUGUUAUUGGUACUAAAUCUGGUGAUGUCAGUAAAUCUCAGGAUACUAGGUCCAGCAAACCGCAGGAUAGACCGAAAGGCCCUGUCACUAAAUCUCAGGAUACUCUCAGUAAAUCUAAGGACACCGUCAGUAAAUCUCAAGACACGAGUAGUAAAUCUCAGGAUACUGUUAGCACAUCCAAACCCACUACAAAAUCUCACGAUAUUAAGAUUAAGCCACACCCACCACCAUCGUCCCAGAGACCUCAUCCAGAUGAUUACGAAUGGAUAGAAGACGACAGAAGAUCUUACAACAUUGGACGAGGGCGGGGUCGAAGAGAUCACUACAGUCGACAAAACGAGACAACGCCCACUUCAUUCCCUUCUGUUACCUUUGGUGCUGGUUACCGUAGUAACAGAAGGGGGCGUGGUGGUCGUGGAGGAGGAGGAGGGAGGGGUCGGAGAGACGGAGGGAGAGAUUACAGAGAAACAGAGCCACAGCAGCAACAAUCCUCUUCUUAUUAUAAUGAACUGGAAUACAUUGAGAGCGGUUCUGACUGGGAAGAUGAUGAUUUGUUAACCGACUAUGAGAAGAACAAGAAAGCACCAAAAGAAAUGAAGAAACAGCCAGAGGGAGAGACAAGGAGAGAGAGAGGAGGAGAGAGAGAUUUGAGAAACGACGGGAAAACAGGCGGAGUCAAGGAGGUAGGUGGGGCUUUAGAAGGUCCAAAUAAGAAACCUGAUAAUACUCGAUCUUACGAAGGACCUGAUCCUCCUCUUAUAUCGACUCCGCCCAUGAUCCCUAGAGUGGGUGUGGUCUCACCUGGAGGAGGCGGGGCUAAGAAAUCGGACGGGUUGCUACCAACACCAAAAAUAUUCCCAGAGGGUAUUCUAAUGCUUGGCAGUCCAGUGGGUGGGGCAGAACAUGGCUCUCACGACAAUGAUGGAUUCACUGUCGUUGGCUCUUCCAAGAGAGAAAAACAAAAAGACAAAGAGAAGAAAAGGAGGAACGGGCCACCACCUAAACAUCAAUAUGAGGAGGAGAACCGCCCGGGAAAAGGAGGAGGAGCUAAACAACCCGUGGAACAAUCCCGAGUUUGGAGUCAAUCGGCGCCACACCCUCCAAAAGAGGUGUGGUCAGAGACGGAGGAGAAGAAAGAGCCGAGUUUGGAUAGCGAUAUUGUCGUCCCUCCCACCACUGCUGGUCAAUAUGGAGCCAUCGGAGACAAAUCCUCACGAUCUCAGUCCAGUAAUAAGGACUCGUCUUCUAUCUCUCAUGAGAGACGGAGUGAAAAUAACUAUAGACUGUUUGAUAAUAAUAACUCGGGCACGCCCACUUUCGCUCUUCAGCCGAAGUCCAGUGGAGGAGAGUUACAUGUACUCUCUGAAGCUAUUGACUCUACUCUCACAGACCAAUUUAAGGUAAAAACUGAUCCUCAAUUAGAUCCAAUUCUAGAACCACCUGGUUCCAAGCCACAUCCACAAGAGACCACGCCCUUUCAAUCAAACCCUGUUUCAAGGCAGGGACAGGCUCCGCCUUCAACGUCUUCAAAAACUCAGCCACAAGACAAGAAAAGAACAACUAAUAGCAAGAGAAAUCAAAAUAACGAUCGAUUUUAUACUCCGCCCCCAGCUCGUACUGAUGGAGGAGGUCGAUCAAACACUAGAACAUCGUCUUCUCAUAAAACUUCAAGUUCACAUGCUGGACAGAAGGGAGGAGGAGAGAGAGGAGGAGGAGAGAGGGGGGAGAGAGGAGGGGAGAGGGGUGAAAGAGGUUGGAACAGUGGAAGUGGCACUAACAAACAUAGCAAGGUAAUGCCUACUGACCAAUCAAGAGAAGACCCUGACUUAGAAGAAGGAGGAGAAGGAGACAGUCGUCCAUCAAAGAACUCUCAUUCUCGUUUUACUGGCCAGCAGCAACACCAGAGAGGAGGGGGAGGAGGAGGGGUGAGGGCUGUCGGCUCGGCGAAAUCUACCAGCGAGAGCAGUAAGAGUAAGAUUAAAGUAGAUACUUCUUUGGUGGAAAAGUCCGAGUCUUCUCAAGUGUCUAAGUUUGGCUCAAUUUCAUACGCUUCGGCUUUAAAGAACAGGCCUAUGGUUAGUCAUGCUGUGGAACCGGUUAGAGUACCCGGUCAGACCAGUUCCGACCCAGUUCCAUUGAGCAUACCACCAGUAAUAGAGGAUGUUCCCAUUUCCCCCACCAUUCCUCCUGAAGUUCCUGAUAUCAAUAAUAGUCCUUUGUCUUGGAAGUCCGAAACUGUUCCUCUCUCGCCACUCCCUCCGAUGGGCGUGGCUCCUGAAGUUUUGAGUAGUCCUGUUGUGUGUGUCCCACCUGUUGAUAUCAGUGAAGCCAUUCCUCUUCAAACCACACCCAUUCCUGAACCAAUACCCCUUCCUGUUCCUCCUCAAUCAACCAUUGUUCCAGUUGACCCCAGCGUACCCUCGUCCAGUUACCCGUUUGAUCUAAGAGGAGGGGAAGGUCCUUUGGGGGCAGAGCCUGAAGGUGUUGAGAUAUUAGCUACAGUUGAACCUCACUCUGACGUGAAAUCAAAUCUCAAUAUCACCGCUAACGAAUUCGUCCCGUAUCAUCGAUCAGUUCCAGAGAACAGCAAUGCUUUUUCUUCAUCAUCUUCAACAGGAUUGACCCCAUCUACAACUCCACUGGUUACCACUGUACUAGGAAAACCAACAAGCAAGCAGCCCAAGUCAACAAAGACAACCUCCUCAUCUCUAGCAAAGGGCCCUCCAACUGCCGUCCUCUCAUCAGCUCCACCAGGACCCCAACAACAGCAGUCACUGCUUAACCAGCCACCUCCUCAAUUGCUGCAUGUACUCCAUCAAUUACAAUUUGCUGUACUCACUGCAUCACAACAACAACAACAACAACAACAACAACAACAACAACAACAUUCGAAGAGAUCAAAACCAACCACAAGUCACGUAUCUGGUACCACGAGUGUUAGUACCAGUAGGUUGAAUCCUGUCAAUCAUUCUUCAGCUUCAGCUCAGUCUUCAUCACAGCCGGUCCUCCAGUCGAUACCUCAUUACCCCGCCCCUCCCCCUCCUCCUGGGGGCGGGUCCCAGCCUAUUCCUCUAAUGGUACCGUUCACUCCUCAUCAUUCAUACCCUCCUCCUCCUCCUCCUGCUAUACAGAGCUAUCAACCUGUAAAGAGUAGAGUUCAAGCGCAGCCUCCUCCUAUUGAUAUGGUACAGACAAUAAGGCCAGUCCAUCCUUCUUAUAUAGAGAGAGCUGAUGGUAUCCAUGGUAGCAUGGCCCCGCCCAUUCAUCCUGUCCUUUCUCAUGGGUUAAGUCAUCAAGGGAUCGCGUCUGUCGUUCCAACAACGCUUCAGGCCCCGCCUACAAUGUAUCCCUCGUCACACCUCCCACAUCAGUUGGCCACGCCCUCUCAUGUAUUCAUGUCUCCGGCAUUACCGGCCGGUACUGGAGGAUUACCUGUUACUUUUCAACAGAUAAAUCCUUCACUGUCCAGAGUCCCCAUAUCAACUCCAACUCACAUCCAGUCCAUUGAGACAAAGAUUCACUCAACCGUCCGUCCACCGCUUUUACCAACUCCGCCCAAUUUUAAUUUAUUGGUGUCGGCCACGCCCACGAGACCUGUUCAAACAACGAUGGCUACUCCGGCCGUUUUUGCUCCUCCCCCUGCUGCUGUCUGGACUGGAAUGAGAUUAGGUACCUCGUUAAAUGGGAGCGGUCAUGCCCCGCCCCCUCAGCACAUUGUCUCACCCGAAGGACAUCCGAUGGCUCUGCCUCAUCAAGUCGUGUGAGGCCACGCCUACUAAAUCACACCCACCUCGCAAGCUGGUAGUUUAAUACGAUACGAAGGAAAUUUAUUUAAAAGAUUUAUUUGCAGAAAUAAGAGAACGAUUUUUGUUAAAUUCAGAGUUGCAGGAACAUGAGUACUAUAAUUAUUGUUAUUAUUAUUAUUAUAAAAAGUUCAUCAUUUUCAUUGUACAGAUUUUCAUGCUUUUUUCUCUUUUUUUUUGUUUCUGAUCAUUACCUCGAAAUCAUUUUCUUCCUCUCUCUCUCAUUGUAAAACGAAAUCAUUUGCUUCAAAAUGAUAAUUUAAGUUAAUUUAUUUUCAAAUAGACCAACAUGACUUCACUUCUCUAUUAUGCUUCUUUACUGGUGUAUACUUGAUAGUACAAGGCAAAA